CAAGACAAAACAUAUUGGCUGUUAGGGUUUUAGUUUCUUGACUGUAGUCCUUUCAAAGACAUUUCAACCUUAGCCAAACUGUCGCCACUCUCGCCCUCAGCCACUCUUGCCGUCGCUGCUCUCGCCCCCGGUCUGCAGCCGCCUCAAGCAUCGUCGUCGAGAUGAAUGUAGAAAAGCUACAAAGGAUGGCCGGCUCUGUCCGGACCGGUGGCAAGGGAACUAUGAGGAGAAAGAAGAAGGCAGUUCACAAAGCUACUACUACGGAUGACAAAAGACUUCAAAGUACUCUCAAGAGAAUCGGGGUGAAUGCAAUUCCUGCCAUAGAAGAGGUGAACAUUUUCAAGGAGGAUGUAGUUAUCCAGUUUAUUAAUCCAAAAGUUCAAGCUUCAAUUGCUGCAAAUACUUGGGUUGUGAGCGGCUCUCCUCAAACUAAGAAAUUGCAAGAUAUUCUCCCUGAAAUUAUUCACCAAUUAGGUCCCGACAAUCUUGAGAACUUGAAGAAGUUAGCGGAGCAGUUCCAAAAGCAAAUGCCGGGUAUUGCUGACACUGCAGAUGCAGCUACGGGUGCAAAUGCAUCUCAACAAGAUGACGAUGAGGUGCCCCAACUCGUGGAUGGUGAAACCUUUGAAGCUGCUGCUGAUGAGGGACAAAAAUAAAAUUAAAAUUUGUUCCAUUUUAAGUGAUUUGAGAUCUUUCCUAUCCUUGGGUGUGUACUGAAUAUGAUGUCUAUUAUGGGAUACCAAGCUUUAUUACAUGUAUGCUAUUGCUAUUAGUUUAAUUUCCCUUCA